AAAUUGGCGAUUGGGAAACGAAGUCAUGCCAAUGAUGCAGCUGGCUAAUUAACAACCACAAAGAAAGUAAAAAACGUGGUGCCUGUUGAAAAUUUAAUUGAUGUUCCUAGUACCAGCCCAAGGACAAUGUCUGGCAAUAAUACGAAGGAGGACAAACCAAUUCCGAAAAUAACUUCGGCCCACAAGAAACAAAGGAAGCUGCCACCGGAUAUUCUCCAAUUAAUAUACGAAAAAAAGAGACUUCGUAGAAUAUUACAAAGGACUGGUGAUCCGACUAGAAUUCCUUCCCUCAAGUCUGACAUUAGGAAUUUGAACAUGAUCAUUCGGGACGCCAUUGCCAAAUAUGACGAUGAAAAAUUGAACAAACUUAUGUCUAGAGUUACCAUAGGUCAAGGUCUUGUUUUGAGCAGAAAAAUUAGCAAAAAAACCUAA